UGCGCGCGCUGCGCGUUGCAGGGAGCAGAGCAUCCAGAGCAGAGCUUCCAGAGCAGAGCCACCCUCCAGUCAGAUUCAGUCCGGCCGUAGUUGAACCGGACCCGGAGUUCAGUCGCCACCGUUAACUCUUUCACAUUGGACGCGCGUUCGCGAAAUUAGUGAGCAAAAUUGGAAAGAGAGCGAGCUUAUAAGUGAAUUAAGCCCCAAAGUGCGAGAAGUGAUCGCUUUAAUAGAAGCAUACUUACAUUUCAAAUCAUAAAAAAUCAAGCCAAUCUUUUACAACGAAAUUUAACAAGCCGGCAACCAAAAAAACACUAAAGUAUUUCAGUAAAUAACUGAAAGAUUCUAGGGAAAACCCUAAAAAACGUAAUAUAAAUCCUGAGAACAAGAUAAAACUAAGCUGAGCCCCAGGCGAAAAGCGCCAGUGUCUGCUUCCGUGCCCCCGAUCGCGUAGUUGACCUUCGAGACCACCCACUACCACCACCACCCACCAAUCAGCACGGACACUCCCUUGCAUGUGAGACCCGUAAUCGACCCUCUCCGGUCCCUGGUCGAUCCAAUGAAAAUGGAAGAUCCCACCAUAAACGACACGUACGUGCAGGAGUUCGAUCUGCACCACCUGGAAGUGGGCGGAAAUGGAGCUGGCCAGGCGCACGGAGCCGGCGCCGCGUCCCAGGUUACGGCCCUUGGCCAUGUAAAGCGCGAGGAUCACAGUCCGCCGCAGCCGGUGGCGGUCAAAUGGACGACGAUUCACGGCGAUCCCACGAAUCCGGAUGAUGAGCCGGACUCGCUGCCUCUGUCCGGACCAGAACCCGCCGGAGCAGUCGAGGUCUCUCCAUCGCCGCACAUCAAGCUGAGGUCCUUCUCCGGCCAUCACCAGUGGCACAUGGACGAACGCCGCCUGCAGCCGCUCUCUCCGCCACCAGAGCAGUAUGGUCCACUGCCCGGACAGGCGAUUCUGGUGAACACAUCUUCGGGAGCGGGUGUUCCGGGCGGAGUGCCCUCAACGCCGCCGGAAACGCCGCCCGUAGUGGGCUCGCCCACGGGCAGCAGCAGCUGUCCGGCUCAGACUUACGCACACCACUAUGCCAGGACACCGGGAAGUUCCGUGUCCGUGUCCGCCUCCGCCGCCGCUGCAGCUGCUGCCUCUGCCGGAGCAGCGUCGGUGAGUGCCGGACUGAGCCACGACAUGAUGUGGCUGACCAACUCGAUCCGGGCGGACCAGCAGCCGCUGGAUCUGCGACCUUUGCCCUAUCCGGGCUCCCAGGAGGAGGCGGAAGAGUGGGACAGGCAGCGGGACUACGCCCUGCAGGCGGCGGCAGCUCAUCACCACCAUCAUGGACAGCCGCUGAUGCAGGCGCAGCAUCAUCCGCAUGGACACGGCGGUCAUCCCCACCAGGUGAUGCUGCAGCAGAGCAAGUAUCCGCAUCACCAUCACCACCACUUCCACAAUCUGGAUCUGACGCCCAUCAACAUGCAUUCGAAUUCGUACGGCAGUGCUUCGGGAUCCCUGACGCCCACCUGUCUGCCCCAAGUGCCCAGCAACGGGAGUGGCAGCAGCGGGGGCGGAGGAGGCAGUGGAAGCGGGAGCGGUGGACCCGGCAGCGUGGGUGGCGGCUCCUGCGUCAUCACACGGGCUGCCCUCCAACCUUGCCGCCCACUCUCCGCCAGCUCGACCAGAUCCUCGAACAACAUGUCGCCCAGAACCUGUUCGGGUGCCUACAGUAAUGCCACGUUGGAGGAUUGCCUCAAUGACGACAUGCUGACCACGUUGACGGUGCGGGAGCUGAACAAGCGACUCCACGGAUGCCCACGGGAGGAGGUAGUGCGUCUGAAGCAGAAGCGACGCACUCUGAAGAAUCGCGGCUAUGCCCAGAACUGCCGAUCUAAGCGACUCCAUCAGCGCCACGAGCUGGAGAAGGCCAACCGGGUGCUCAACCAGGAUCUGCACCGCCUGAAGCUGGAGUACUCGAGAGUCUGCCAGGAGCGGGAUGCCCUAAUGCAGCGUCUGCAGCGCGCGGCAAAUGGUGGUCCAGGAGGUACAUCCGCCGGCGGCGAUAGCCAAAGCUCUCCGGAGUUCUACCUAUGA